GGCCCUCAUAGCGACUCACUUUUUUGGCCAAACUUGGUUUUUUUUGUUUUUUGGUGUGUGCGCGUGUGUGUUUUGAAGAGGUGGGAUUUGAGUUUUUGAGGAGCUUUUGGGACAUGUCGAGCAUGGCUGGGAAAGUAAUCAAAUGCAAAGCUGCGGUGGCGUGGGAGGCGGGGAAGCCGCUGGUGAUCGAGGAGGUGGAGGUGGCGCCGCCGCAGAAGAUGGAGGUGCGGCUGAAGAUCCUCUACACCGCCCUCUGCCACACUGAUGUCUACUUCUGGGAAGCUAAGGGGCAGACUCCUGUUUUUCCUCGCAUCUUCGGCCAUGAAGCUGGAGGCAUCGUAGAGAGCGUAGGUGAGGGCGUGACCGAGCUCGCACCAGGAGACCAUGUCCUCCCCGUGUUCACUGGGGAAUGCAAAGAAUGUGCCCACUGCAAGUCGGAGGAAAGCAACAUGUGCGAUCUCCUUCGAAUCAAUACUGACAGGGGAGUGAUGAUUGGCGACGGGCAAUCGCGGUUUUCGAUCAAUGGAAAACCGAUAUACCAUUUCGUUGGGACCUCCACAUUCAGCGAGUACACCGUCAUCCAUGUCGGAUGUGUCGCCAAGAUCAACCCCUCGGCUCCCUUAGAUAAAGUUUGCGUUCUUAGCUGCGGAAUUUCAACUGGUCUCGGUGCGACACUCAAUGUUGCUAAACCUCCGAAGGGUUCGACGGUGGCUGUUUUUGGGUUGGGAGCUGUAGGCCUAGCUGCUUGCGAAGGUGCCAGGAUUGCAGGAGCUUCAAAAAUUUUCGGCAUCGACUUAAACCCAAAUAGAUUUGAAGAAGCUAAGAAAUUUGGUGUCACCGACUUCGUGAAUCCAAAGGACUACGACAAACCAGUGCAAGAGGUUCUUGUUGAGAUGACUAAGGGCGGAGUUGAUCGUGCAGUUGAGUGCACCGGAAAUGUAAAUGCCAUGAUAUCGGCGUUUGAGUGUGUUCAUGAUGGCUGGGGUGUUGCCGUGUUGGUCGGGGUGCCGAACAAGGACGCCGAAUUCAAAACCAAACCCAUGAAUUUCCUGAAUGAGAGAACCCUCAAGGGGACCUUCUUUGGAAACUACAAGCCUCGCACCGAUCUCCCUUCGGUCGUGGAAAAGUAUAUGAAUAAGGAGCUAGAAUUGGAGAAGUUCAUCACACACAGUGUGCCAUUCUCUGAAAUCAACAAGGCCUUUGAUUACAUGCUCAAGGGGGAGAGCAUUCGAUGCAUCAUCCGCAUGGACGGUUAGGAUCAAUUUCGCUCCCUUCUCUAGGGGCCGAAUAUAUAUAUCAAUCAUGUCAACUAAAAACCCUCUCUGGUGCUUAAAUAAAAAGGAAUAAAAAGGGGCAUGUGAGGCUGAUGGGAGAUGAGCUUUGUACUUUCUUUUUUGUGCUUGCUUAGAAAGUGCUUUUAGUUCUUGUAAUUAGGCUUGCUUUUGCUUCUUGUCGUUUUAUCUAAUAAGAUUUGCAGUUUAUAAGAAGAAUGUGUCAGCUCAUGUUCUACCUUUGAUUACA